CAAGAGUCAGUCAUUCACGGCCGGGUGAGCUGCCUGAAGGAAGACCGCGCUCCCCUUCGUGUAUCUCGCCCCACGUUCACUUCCACACCACGACCAGUAACCCCACUCCCUCCCCGUGGAUUAAACAGCAGGAGGUGGAGAGCCUCCUCCCCAUGUGAGCAGGAGAAAAAGACAGACACGACAAGAAGCGCAAUGGGAGCCUUCAGGGUGCUGCUGGGGGCUUUGCACUACGCGGGGCUGUGCGUCUCCACCAGGCACGCCGGACACGGACACGCCGAGAACCACAUCAGCGGACACGCAAUGUUUACGGAAGUGCCUCGUGAUGUGACCGCUCAGAGGGGCCAAGAUGUGGAGAUGGCCUGCUCCUUUAGGGGGGCCGGGAUGCCCUCCUACUCUCUGGAAAUCCAGUGGUGGUACAUCCGCAACCAUAUGGACUGGACAGACAGACAGCCGUGGAAAACCAAUGAGGUAUCUCCGGAGGAGGAGCUGCCAAAGGAUGCUACAAAGAUAAGCGUCGUGAAGGUUGUGGGAAGUAACAUCUCCCACAAGCUCCGCCUCUCCCGCGUCAAGUCCUCUGACGAGGGAACGUAUGAAUGCCGAGUCAUCGACUUCAGUGAUGAAGAAGGGGCGCGCCACCACCGCGUGCGCGCCUACCUACAGGUAGUAGCCGAGAGCGACGUCAUCCCCGGUAACCGGUAUGACAACUUUCAGGUGUUGGAUGACACUAAGGCCGAUUCGGGGUUCGAGCGCGCUCAUGGCCUCCCCCAAGACGAAGGGCACGCCCGGGAGCACAGUAGGCGACCUUCCUCCGCCACGCAGCACAGCCACCCCGCCAGUAACGAUCAGCGCCAAGCAGGCAGAGAGCUGAGAAAGCGGGAUGUGGACAGUAACCAUAGCAACAAUGACUGCUCCGACGAGCCCAGCUGUGCGCUGUAAUCUGAUUACAUCGAAAAAAAUUGCAAAUUAUGUGCAUAGAAGCUACACUUCCCACACAGUGCCAAACCCACAAUCUCAUAUAAAUAUAAAUAAACAGCUUAUUGAGAGCCCUAUGAUUGGAAUGUGUGGCUUUCCUUUUGAAAGGUGUUUUAUUUUUGUCAGUCACAGAUGACUUCACUGUAUUCGCAAGAGAAGCUGAUGUAUCUACUUUUUCUAAAAUGACCAAUUUAAAGGGGCACGAAGCUGCGCUCACAAUUUUUUGUGCAAGAACAAAAAAAAAAUUAAGCGGACCAGGACUCAGUAGAGGCCAAAUUUGAUCCAUAGUGAAAACCCAUUUGUAACUUAGCAGGCUUCAUGGUUUGUGAAGAAUUAUUUAAAACAUUCUAAAUGUUUGGAUGGUGCAAUUUUGAUUAUGCGGUGCGCUGCUCUUUUUGCAUCAUUUCGUGCAAGGGUGUCAAACUCACCGUAGUUCAGCUGCCACAUAGAGUCUAAUUUCAUGUCAGGGGGGCUGAACCACUAAAAUCACACCAUACUCAAAAAAAAAAAAAAACAAUCAACAAUAACUUUCUCCUUUUGUUGGAAAACAAAACAAAACAAAACAUUAAUUUGGAAAAUGUUUACAUCAAGUGGCAUGUUUUAAAAAGAAAUCCUUGUUUCAUUAAAAAAAAAAAAAAAAAACUCAGAUUUCUUGAGGAUUUAUCUCCCGUAUGUCAUCUCCAUGUGUGUAGCAGAACUGAUCAUCAUAACUUGUAUUUAAGGGCAGAAAAAUUGAAGUUACAGAUGUUUGGAACUGAAAAAUAGAGUAUUGCACUUUAAAAUUAAAUACAUUUAUAAAACUAAGAAUUAUUGCCAUUCCAUUUUCAACAUGAGCAUACCAUGUCCCAAAUUAUCCUUAGUCCCGGCCACCACAAUGGUAUUUUUUCCACACUCAAAUUCAUGCUGUGGGCUAGAUUGCACCCCCGAGUGGCUCAGUUUUGGCCCACAGGCAAUAUGUUUGACACCCUGUGUUGGUUUUGUGAAAUUUUGUAAUUUUUGCAUGAUCUGUGCUUUAACUCACUAAUCAUUAUACAGAAAUGGCCAUUUAUAAAAUAACCUCUCACAUCAUCUCAAUGAGAUUUGUUUUUCCUGGACCUGUACUACAAAGUUCAUGGGUCAAGCGAGCAUUUUUCCUCCCAAGUGGCACAUUACAUACGCAAACGCAUCAUUGCUUCUCCUUAGAUUGGAAUUGGGCCACUAUUUCUGUAAAUGUGGAUGAAAAGAGGAUAUGAAUUGAUUAUCUGCCAAUGGGAGGGGAGCAUAAACAGAUUGGAUGCUAUUUUGAUCCGGGGGUUGGGGGGCGACGAAUCUAUUCACACAAUGACGGCUAAAAACGUGCAAACCUGGAAGGAUAUGCCACCCCUUGACAAAGCUUGGAUAAUCCUGCUAACAAAUGAACCAAGCAACGGAGAAGGAAAACACGGAGGUAUUUGUUUACAUUUUGUCAGUCUUUAGUAACAUUCUUAAGUAAAAAGUUUAAUACCUUUAUUCAGUGGUUGUCAUGAGUGAAACUGAGCAGUUUACAUUCAAAUCACUGUUGAAACAAAAAAUCAAGUAUUCCACUAAAUGUAUACAUAAAAACUAUGAAUGUGCUUUUUGGUGAGGACACUUUCUGAGAAGAAAUACCAUCUUGGUAUAUUCAGCCUUGUAUUUUACUGCGAAUAAAAAUAACUGUUCAUCUGCCAUUAAGAAAGCCUCAAUCCUUUCAACUGUACGCCUCUAUUCUAAUUUGUAUAGAACACUGUAUAAUAUGACAUGAAGUGAAUGCAUGUUCCGUCAUUUUCUUAAAAGCCUUUUUAACGAAAUAUAUUAAAAGAUGGCGCAUUCACAUCUCCCCUCCUCCAUUAAAAAUUGUAUGUUGUUGUAUUUUAUCUGCUGUUUCUAUGUAUUUGUUUUUCUUAUUUACAAAAUUUCCAAAAGUGCUGUACAGACUGAUGAAUGACACUUUCAAAAACCUAUCUUGGUAUUUACCAAAUCUUCCAAUCAUGACCGGUGAGCCUCGGGUCAGUCUUGGGAUGUUGGUAAAGGCUUAAGAGGCCCCAUUUCACCGCUGCCAAUCUUUUUUUUUUUUUAACCACUAAUAAUGAUCUUGUUGAUUACAUGCUCAAGUAGAACCCAAGCGCUAUUUUGCUCCAAAGGAAACAAAGUGAAUAUUUGCCAUGAUAUGGAUACAAGGGCAUCUCGAAGACUUUCUGGAAAGGUCUGCUUGUCCUCAAAAGAAACAACACCACUCCCUGAAGAAAAGUAAUCACGAUUCUUUUCAGCAGUUUCUAUGAGUUGAAGGGGAGUCAAGGAAAUAAGAGGAAUUGUGUAAAUUUCUUCAUGCAUAGUUUGAUCUCAUGCUUAAGUGUUUGCCUUUAUCAAAGAAAAAUAAAUAGCAUACUAACAUUGAUCAUUGUGUCAUUGUUGCCUGAAUGUUAGCUGAUAUUAUACAAAACACAAUAAAGAACAGCUGCAGUGAGUUAGAAAUUCCCAAAUUGUACUGCAUAUGUGCCAACAUUUGGACUCAUAAAUAUAUCAUCAGUUUAGUGACACAAGCAACAUGAUCACUUUAAAUUUCUUCCAAGCCCAACUACUCAUUUAGAAUUUCUGGAAUUUACAUGACUAUUGGUGACAAAUUAUGCAUUUUUUUUACAUGUGUAACAUUCAUCUUCCGUUCCGCUUCUCCUCUCGUGGGUCGCGGUUGUGCAGUACAUUACAGCGUUGAGUUUAUGGGGAUGACACUUGGCCUUUAAAGGCAGACUAACAGGUCUUUGAGGGUAAGAAUUCCAUCUGAGAGACAGGUGUUCAAAUACUUAAUUGCAGCUGUGUGAC